AUGAUUUCUACUAGUCACCAAGCCUCAGAAUUGUUAAAUCAAUCCUGUGACAAAACCUUAUACAAGGAUUUCUGCAAAGAAGCUUUAGGAUCAGCCCCAGCAAGUGACAUGCAAAGCUUGACAAAAAAAAAGGUGCACUUGACACUAGCAUCAGUGAGCCGCCAAGAAGUAUUGAAGCUCAUCCCCAAAUUUGCUCGAAACCAAGUUCCAGAUGCCAUCUGUAAAAGCAGGCUUUUACCAGAUUGCUCUGAGGUCUUCAGAGCCGCCCUUGAUCGAUUAAGGAAAUCAACGGCUCGCUGUUUGAAUGCUAAGGCUUAUAAUGAUGUUAGAUACAUAUAA